AUGUUGUCUCACAUCGAGUCCAUUGGCGACCGCUUUGUCCACACUUUGGCCCCAUUCGCCAAAACUGGUGAAACAGUGGAUAUACGUAAAUACGUGGGUGCUUUUGCCAUGGAUGUUAUCAGCGCCUGUGCCUAUGGUAUAAACAUCUCAUCCAUUGAUAAUCCCAAUCACCCGAUGGUUAUGAAUGUGAAGCGAAUACUGUCCACAGAUGUUAGCGUAGGGUUAAUGUUGUCGAUUAUAACCCCGGGUUUGGCGCGACUACUAAGGGCUGAACCCUUUGACCGCAAAGCUCUACAAUAUUUCGAUGAAUUGACGGAACAGAUACUGACUGAACGGAAAAAGUUUAACAAAUAUUCAAAAUCAGCAAAACAAACAGAUUUCAUACAAUUGAUGAUAGACUCGGAAAAGUUGGACAAAGACUUCGGAUACGACUCUAUCAGUGAUGGGGAACCGGAGUCUGAGUCCAAAGAAACGGGAAUAAAAUCCACUAAAAAGUCUGUCGGAAAACUAAGUUACGAUGAGAUGGUGGCCCAAGGGAUACUGUUUUUUAUCGCCGGCUACGAUACCACCAGUGCCUCCAUAACCCACGCUAUAUACUACUUAUCCCAACACCCGAAGUGUCAACAGAAACUGUACGAAGAGUUGAAAACAUGCGAUGAGUUUACGUACGAAAAGUUGGUUCACUUGAAGUACUUGAAUGCAGUCAUCAAUGAGACCCUACGUAUGGCCCCACCAUUCCUACGGGUAUUUCGGGACUGCGUUCAGGACUAUACACUUGGAAAUACA